AUGAAACGCUCCUACAGCCCGGAGAGUAGACCAGAGCACGAUCUGGAAGAACACAUUCCGCAGAAUGAACAGCGGCCAAUACUCCUUAGCCUAAUUGAACCUGUUUCUCCUCCACCUACAAGAAUAUGCAUUGAACAGGCCAAUGGUGGAGACAGAGGAGACAGAGGAGACACGGACACACUUCCGUCGAACGCACCACAACCAGAUUCUUCAGCCAGUCUUGCUGCUAUUGAGGCAGGACAAGUGGAAGUGAUCGACCAUCUGGGCACGAUCUCCGCAAGGCUGAAAGCAUUCAUUCGCUCAUUUCCGAAUCAACCAACAAUACAGCUACCCAUCACGGAAUGGAUGGAUCUAUACAAACGGAACGAGCACCCAGAAGGCCGUCAUUUUGUCAUCCAUCAACAUGAUCACCCCAUCGCGGGGCCUCACUAUGACCUUCGAUUACAAUUCUCGGAGACAAGCUCCGUUAGUUGGUCAGUUAUGUAUGGGAUGCCCGGGGAUCCCAAUAGCCAGCGAUUGAACCGCAAUGCGACCGAGACUCGCAUCCAUUGUUUAUGGAAUCAUCUGAUUGAGACAGCCUCGCACAAAACUGGGAGUCUGAUUAUCUGGGAUACAGGAGAAUAUGAAAUCCUACCUUACCAGAUGGGUCCAUCUGGACCUGAGACCGAUGACUCGCGAUCAGAGAUCUCUCAAGAUAGCCAUGUUACCGCGGAAGAGCGGAUCUCAGAUAGUGCGAAGUUGCGAGAAGCUUUUCAGAAUCGCAAAAUACGACUUCGACUGCAUGGAACCCGCCUGCCAAAGAAUUACACUAUUAUAAUGCGGAUGGAUAAAACAACUGAUUUCGCGAGGCCAAUCCGUGAAGGUCCCAAGCGACGCCGUCGACACCCAUAUAAACGGACGGUGCCACGAGCAUCGUCUACAUCAGACUCGGAAUCCCCCUCGCCGUCACCGAAAGAAAGAGGAUCAACGCCACCCAAUCGAUCUCGAUAUGGAAUUCAAUCCGAGGCUAAACAUGCAGACAAUACUUAUACCGCCGACCUCGAGAUCCAACGAAACAACGCCUACCCCGGGUCAAGCAAUACAAUAGGCUCAAUCCAUCAACGGCGGUGGUAUCUCAGUCUUGACCGGGAAUCCUCCGGGUUUGAACGUACAACAUCACCAAGUAAUGAGACUGGAUCGAAAAGAAAGAAAAAAGCAUGGACUCGGAGACCCGUCGGACAUGGAUUCGAGCCUUUCUACGUGCACGGGCCGGAGGUUGAGCGGAGCGUGGUAACGGCGCGCUUGGGGCGCGAUGUCUUGGAGGACGAGGGCGUCGAGGAGUUUGUGCCGAGACGCGGGUGGAGGCCGGUCCUGCAUUAG